AUGAGGAGAUUUGAAGGCAAAGUGGCAAUUGUGACAGGUGGAUCAAAUGGUAUAGGCGCAACCACCGCAAGGAAAUUCAUGGCAGAAGGUGCUUACGUGUACAUUGCUGACAUUGAUGAAGAGAGAGGGGUUAAAGUUUGCCAAGAGCUCCAUGGGAAUGCUUCAUUUGUGAAGUGUGAUGUGGCAAUAGAGACCCAUGUGAAAGGGGUCAUAGAUCGAGCAAUGGAGGAGAAGGGGUGCCUAGACAUCAUGGUGAACAAUGUAGGAAUUGUGACAAAGAUGAUUGAGGACGACACUGGCUAUGCAGGGGAAAAUCUGCAUCCCUACAUUCGUGUCGGACGCGUCUAUUUUGGCUUCAAAACGACAGUACGGAUUGACUAG